GCCCCCCGCCGCGAAGUCCCGCCCUCCGCAGGCGUUGCCCCGGUCACUGCGUCAUUGUGUCGGUGUCGCGCUUGGUCGCUCGGUGACAGGAGCAGGACGGAGAGACGCACUGAUUAACAGCAAAAUGGCAGACACCACCGGAUUUCAGUCUUCUCACAUAUCUUCAUCUGUUGGGGAGAAGGGAGGCAACUGUGCAGUUCGGGAUUUGCUCUUCUGGCGGGAUGUAAAGAAGUCUGGAUUGGUUUUUGGGGUGACAAUGGUAUUGCUUCUGUCACUAGCAGCCUUCAGCAUUAUCAGCGUCAUUUCCUACCUCAUCCUGUCCCUCCUGACAGUGACCAUCAGCUAUCGUAUCUACAAGUCUGUAAUGCAAGCUGUCCAGAAAUCCGAUGAUGGCCACCCUUUCAAAGAUUUGCUAGAAAAGGAUAUCACUCUGUCAUCUGACUCCAUCCAGAAGAAAAUCAAUGCAUCUCUCGCUCACAUCAAUCGGGCCUCAAAACAUAUUAUUCGCCUCUUUCUUGUGGAGGACCUUAUAGAUUCUCUCAAGCUGGCCCUUCUUAUGUGGCUGAUGACCUAUGUAGGAGCUGUAUUUAACGGGAUCACUCUGCUCAUUCUUGGAGUGCUGGUUGCUUUUACUGCCCCUCUGGUCUAUGAGAAAUAUAAGGUACAGAUUGAUCAUUAUGUAUCCCUGGUACACAAUCAAGUAAAAUCCAUAACCGAAAAGAUCCAAGCCAAGCUCCCAGGAGCACUGAAGAAGAAAACCGAGUGAAGAAGCAAGAUUGGGGGGGGAGGGUUGGGAGGGUAAUAAUGAAGUGUAAACACUGGCUAUGCCAUAUCUUGUUUCUGGUCACAGGAUUCCUUGUAUUGUAUAGAUAUAUAUAUAUAUAUAUUUGGUUCCUCUCUGGCAGGAAAAGAAAUGGUUGUCCGCACCUGUGUCCUUGUACAGUCCUGCUUCUCUAAACACUGGAUAGCUGUGGAGGGACCCAGUAAAACACACAGCUCUCUUCAUCUGUCACUAUUUAAUCACUGUCAUUCCAUGCUCCUCCACUACUGAUCAAGGGCGCGUGUGCCCAACUUUCAGACUCCUUCACCCACAGCUCAAACACCUUUUGGACUUACUUGAUCUUUUCCCCUCUCUAAAUAUCCCUUAUACCUGUCCUACUCUGAUUUCUCUACUUUAGAUCUCUGAUGGGUUCAUCUAUCUUGAAAGCCCAGCCUUACUGCAUUAUCUCCUGUCUAAUCUUCCAAAUAGUCUUUCUUCUUUUCUGUAUUGUGUUCUUCAGCAGAAGCUAACAUACCCUUUCUUAUAACCGCCACCAAAACCCGUCUCUUCCCCACUGUCUACAACUCCUGCAUAAGAACAUGGUCUGUCCUUUAGUCAUCGCACUGUUGGCCUGAGUUAUAUGUCUGGUAAAUGCUACCAGAGUAAAGUCAGUCAAGUAAAAUAUCUGGUAUCUAGUAUUAAUUUAUAAUUCACUUUUAUUUUGUACACACAGUCAAUAUUGGACCCAUGGAAUAAAUACCUUUUUUAUGUACAUUGUUACUAGUGCGUUGCCAGGUGUUAUACUUCGAAGGACUCAACAUUCUGUAUGCCCCCUCACCCCUUCUGUUUCAGAUUCAUCAUUCCCUUCCUUACCCUCUCCCUUACGCAUCAGGAGAAAUGCAGUAUCGUCAACUCACUGCUAAACGCCGAACAUUAUCCCAUUUUUAGGUUUGCAUUUAAAUGCAACUUAAUUUAAAAAAAAUAAUAAUAAUAAAUCUGCCCUCAAAUAGAACAAAUAGUUACAUUUGUAGAACACGCAACAUGUGACCGCACUAUGUAAAGUUUAGUGAAUGCUUUUAUUAAUUUAAAGAGAGGAUCAGGGAUUAAGUCUAUUUGCAUAACAAGCUAACAGUGUCUCCUCCUAGUUGUCCAUAAUUUUAUGUCAAAAAGUAUAAAGUGACUACCGACAGUCUAAUAAGGAUCUCUCUAUGUUUAAAUGAAAAAUGAAGUUGUACAUUUGAGUUAGGAAUAUACUCCUGUCAUUUACCCUGCACCAGGGGUGGGAUGUUUUUAUUAAUGUGAUUUUUGUGUUGCACUGAGCUUCUAAUUAUUCACUGUGUAUCAAUGCUGUUUAAAAGCGAAGGCUUUACGAUUAUUUUAAGAGUGAAAGUGAUGCAGCUAACUAAGUAUUCAAUAAUACGACCAUAAACCAGCUCCUUAGUACAGAAACAAAAGGUCUGCUUUUAUUUUAUGGGUGUCAGAAAAAAACACUAUUUUUGUUUUGUUUUGUUUCUGCAAGUUGUUAGAACAAAAUUCUCUGUAUAUUGCAAAUACAUGUGGUAUUAAAAGGAGUAGGACAUGUA